CUUUAAGAGCGGAAGCACGUGCUGCGGAAGAAGAGAAGUGACAACAAAAACACGCGGGGUUUCAGAAUGGAGAGGGACACUCUCUCCCGCUUCAUGUCAGACCAUGAAGGUUUCCAUGGCACUAUAAAAAACUCACCCCAAGACUUUGUGGUUAUUGAGAGAGACAUCAAUGGACAACUUGUUAACGGUCCUUGUGUUCCAGAAGAACACACGAAGAGACCACCUCAACCAAGUCAGGCUGCUAAAAGGGACGAUGCAUUAAAACAAUCUGAACCAGAUGACACUGACGUUUUGACUGAGGAUUGCUUUGAUCUGAAUGUAAUCCUGCGUCCAGCUGUGAACAAAGAGCUGGAGCGUUUCACUAACAAAAUAAGGGUAAGAGCUGGCGAGAAAGAAAAGGUGGAACUGUCGCUGGGUACUUAUCCCGAUAAACACCAGAGAGCAGUUGUGCACAGAGCGGUACGAUACAACUUCCCCUUUCUCCAGACUCUGACCGACCGGUCGGAGAUUCGGGUCAGAGAGGACCCGGACUUCAAUGAGCUUGCUAGUUUAGCCUCCGAAGCAGAAGCUGAGGAGUUCUUCCGGUUCAUCGAUGCCAAAGCGCCUGGUUCUGCGUUCACCUUCCUGCCCGAUGACAGCAAGGAGCAUCGGACUUCGGUUCACCAUUUCGUCAGCAGGCGGUUUGGGAAGCUUGUGGAAACCAAGAGCUUCACCGACCAGCAGAGGACUUCCAUUACAGUGAGACUAAGGGAGAGAAGCAGACAACCCAAGAAGAGAGCGAUAGCAGAAUGUCAAGAGGAGGCGACGUUAUACACGGCUUUCACACUGAGGAAGGAGAACCUGGAGACUCUGGAGGCCAUCAGCUACAUGGCUGCUGUGCUUGGAGUGCUUCCGUCCGAUUUCACCUAUGCAGGAAUUAAAGACAAGCGAGCCAUCACCUACCAGGCCAUGGUGGUGAAGAAGAUCUCUCCAGAGCGGUUGCAGGACCAAGUCUUAGAUUUUAAGAGGAGGGGAAUGCAGAUCUCUCAUGUGCGUCCUGUUUCUGAGCCCCUUAAGCUCGGCAGACUCCAGGGAAAUCACUUUGAUCUUGUCAUCAGAGACCUGAAGCCUCAUGGGAAAAGUCAACUUACAGAGCUGCAACAUCUUGUAAAAGAGGCAGUGGAAAAUGUGAAGAACAGAGGCUUUGUAAAUUAUUAUGGUCCCCAACGGUUUGGAAGCGGAUCAUGUGUCCAAGCAGACCAAGUAGGGCUUGCGCUAUUAAAGGAGAAAAUGGAGGCUUCCGUUAAGCUGUUCUUCACUCCAGAGGAUGGUGAUGAUCUCCAGAACAAGGCAAAACGUCACUUUCUUCUCACUGUUCCUGUGCAUCCGAGAACGACUAACAGCCUCCGUGCAUCUCUCUCUUCAGGGAAUGCCAAGGAGAGCCUGGCCCUCAUGCCAGCUUAUAAAGCCAGAGAGCGCCUCAUGCUCCGAGCUCUUCACCGAUACGGCAGCGGUCAGGAGGGUUGCAUACGUGGCUGGCUCAGUUUACCCCACAGCAUGAGGGUCUUCUACCUCCACUCCUACUGUAGCAGGGUGUGGAACGAAGCUGCCAAAUACCGGCUCCAGACACUGGGCUUUAAGCCUGUCCAGGGAGAUCUAGUUUUAUGGUCCGGAUCUGAAAAGAGACUCAAAGACACCACAGAGGAACUGAACACGCCACAGGUUAGGAACUCGGAGGAACAGGUCCAUGUUGUGACCUCUGUGGAAGAAAAGGAUGAAGUUUUUUCAUUAGACCAGGUAAUUCUUCCGAUGCCAGGAAAUAGCGUCAAGUACCCAGAAAACGUACUGGGCCAGUGGUAUCAAGAGCGUUUGGCUGAGGAUGGCUUGGGGUCAUCUCGUUUCAGAGUGACUUCCCUUAAACUCAACAUCCCGGGAUGUUAUCGCCCGCUGCUCGCAAAGCCACAGAACAUGACGUACAGCCUGCAGACCUCUGAGGAGCUUCAGGGACAGUCAGAUCAGACCCGUGUGUCCAGUCUAUCGGUAAACUUUAACCUGGAUGCAUCCUGCUAUGCUACUGUGUGUCUUGGGGAGAUUAUGAAGUGUAAUCUGUCAUAGUUUAUUUGAUGUGAUUAAAAAUGCUUACAGACUAAAAAUAUUGUGGAUCUUUUGUAAUUGAUUUGUGUGAAAUAUUAGGGGCUGUUUUGUGGCAUGUUAUAUAAGCGAUUACCGGGAAUUCCUGUCAUAAAGCAUUUGUGCCAAAAGAAGAAGAUAUUCUGUGCCACUGUCGAUGACGAGGAACUCUGGAUGGGCCUUGAAGUUGUACAUGCAAAGAUUUAAUAAAAAAUAAUCUUGACAAAUCUGAUUGUUUGUUUUUGAAUGUUUCAGUAAGUGAAUAUUUCAGUUUAAUGCAUUUGAACGUGAUUUCAGUAUCUAUAAAAUCUCAUGGCAAACAUGCUGUUUCUCUGCGUUCCUGAUAAGUUCUUUAGCUUUAGUUCUGAAGGAGGUGAUCAAGCUGAGUAUUUGGAUAAGAGCUGACACGCUCAUCUAGAAGUGAUAUUGUAGAUCUAUGCACUAGAUUUCUGUACAUGAGGGAAAAAAAGAUAGGAAAAAAGAGGCUUGCGAAUUCUUGCUAACAUUAUUAGGCCAUUAACAUUACCACAAAUUAGCUCCCCAUUUUCUUUGGCUCAGGAUAUUAAACACGAUUUCGAUUUUUUUUUGUCACCAUGUCUAGCAAGACACUGAAACAACAAAACCCCCAAAAGCAAAUAAAGGUGACUAAGUAUAGCUAAUUGACUUUCAUUCGUUAAAGUCCUUGUUCAAAUUCAAUAUAAUGUGUUUUACAGCAAGUGCUUUGGGAUUGUGAAAAUCCGUUACUGCUUAUAUGUUAAAGCUCAUAUAUUGCAAAAUAAAUGCUACUCAUUUAUCAAUCACAGUAGCUUAGGUGAUAUUAUGUAUAAUCUUCACAAGGUCAACGCCCAAUCUUGCUUUUUAAUUAACUAAUUGACUCAUUUUUAAACAUCCUAAUUGAACUAUAGACUAAUCCUGGUUUAGUCUAAACCCUGUCUUUGAAACCAGGCCAAAAUUAACUAAAAUAGUCAAUAACCCUGAAAAGCUAAAACUUACAUCACAAACUGCCUCACUGCCUGUCUAUGGUAUGCAAAAUCUUAUGCAAAAUGCUGUUACCUCUGUGGUUCAGGUUAUAGAGCAUUGCGUUUUAGUCUUGGAGUCCCGAAUUCAAAUCCCACUCUCAUUUUUUCAACUACACUAACUAAACUGCUUUAAACUAAAUCUCAAGCUUACGUUACAAAUAACACCAAUCAUCAGAGUUUAGAACAGUAAGCAAGAAUUCUGACAAUAAAAAGCGUGUACGUCUACAGACCCUGACGUGGCGCUAAGCACUUUUUCAUGUCAAAGACGCCAGCAUGGAUUAAAUGUACACACACUCUAAGAUCAAAUCUGUGUACGCACUCUAUUUAACCAGACUCUGGUGGUAUAUCAUUGCAUGGUUAUGUAACAUUCCAUUAAACAAAAGCUUCUAAAUAACCUAAACCCUUUAUUUAGCCACAUUUAAAUAUAUGCAAUUAAAGAUGAGGUUGUGAGACAUUAGUUUGAUGAGCUCUUUUUGCAAAACACUCAAUAAACUCAGCCAGAAUGUCCUUAAAUACAAAAUUACAAAUUUUGGUCACAGACUCAAUGGCUCAGGUGGUAGAGCGUUUACCUUCCCUCUUGGAGACAUGGGUUCAAACCCCACGAAUGUUUAUUUUAAAUAGUUGAAAACUCAAUACAACUCUACCUAAAACAUCACCAUCUCACACUACCGGCUCAGUGGGUCAGAGGCUCAACACAUGUAAGUUGCAGACCAGGUUACGGUACAGGUGUGGGUUCAAAUCCCACAUUGGUGUGUGGGGAACACACCAUAGGUGGAGAAAAAACCUGCCCUGAGGUGGAGAGAAGACCAGACCAGACCAGACCAAACCAGUGGAGGAGAGAAGAAAAGACCAGACCAGAGGAAGAAGACCAGACCAAACCAGUGGAGGAGAGAAGAAAAGACCAG